UCGAGAAAGAGGCAUGUGUGAGCUUAAAAAUUUCAAAAAUCUCGUUCUUUUUGUUUGUGGAGAAGGUAGGGUGCUAUCUUCAAAACAUGAAAUAAGGUUAUGUUUCCAACCAACUACCAUCAUUAUUCAUUCAAUUAUCACAAUGGCAGCUAAAGAAUUAUCUGCCCAAGAAGGCAAGCAAACAUUUUCAAAUGAUGUUUUUCAGGUUGAUUCCCCAUGUCUUGAGAACUUCCUAGAAGGUAUCUCCUUUUGGAGCAAGCAUACACCAACUUCUCCUGCUCUUCUUUUUCCCCGCACGCCAGCUUCAAAAUCUAUGGAAACCGUACAAUGGAACGAAUUCAGAGAUUCUGUUCAGUUGGCAAAAGAAUGGUUGUGCAAAACACUCUCUUUGCCUAGCAAUGCAUCAAAGAUUGAUGUGUCAGGGCUUAAUGAAGAUGAAGCACGAGAUAAAAGAACAAUUACCUUGCUAAUUGCCCCAACACAUGACAACAUUUGCAUUUUGAUGGCGUUAGCGAGUAUGGGCUAUACUACGCAAUUCAUCUGUUUAGCACAUGUUUAUGAAGUGAUUGCUACCUUGAUACACAAAGCACAAAGUCAAAAGAUCAUCACUGGUGGCUUAGAUCAGGACCGGUUAGAAAAAAGUCAAUCUCAUUUGAAAGAGAUCAGCAAUUCUUCAUCUCACAAGUGGUUCCAAACGGAAGAGAAAAGCACUCUGUCCGGCUUUUUGGAUCGUGUCAGAGUCUUUGGUUCAACAAAUGUGCCAAAGCUAUACCCUGUCUCGUUGGAAAGUGCAAACCUAAGUGCAACUGAUUCAGCUAAAUUUUGGUGUGCUUUACCAAACGAAAAGCGAUGGAGAAGACAACUGGAAACAAGUCUUUGCUUCCAUUUCUCAUUCCAACAACCCGUUUGGCGUGCUUUGAUGUGCGGAACAGCUCUCAUCUUCCCCGUCAUUCGUGCAAAUCAAGAUCAAUCCACACAUUCACACGAACGAAAAGGAGGAAAAGUUCUCAUUCCAAAUGCAACUGAUAUCCUUGAUUCUCUCGCAAUGGCAGACGGUGACGCCUUGUACGCUUCUCCUACAGGAUUGGAAAGAAUGACUUUGACAGGAUUGCAAACUGAAAAUGAAUCUUGGAAAAGAGCUUUGUCAAGCUUAAAAGACGCUCAUACAGGAGGUGCUCCUGCUAGUCGUCAAAUGGCUGACACUUUCGCAAAGGCAAAUCUCGAAGUGAUGCAAGUGUUUGCAACUACCGAAGCAGGUAUGCUCUUCCUCGCUAAACCCUCUCUCACAAAGCAUCUUUGCAACUUGACUCCCAGACCCCAGCUGGCACACAAGAUGCUCUUCUAUCAACGUGAUCCAAAAGAUGACACUCUUGAACUCUGGUUACCAGAAGAUUUUCCUGGUCUACAGAAAUACGGACUUAAAUUUGAAGCUUAUCCAGGAGAUGAAUCGAUUCAAGCCUGGAACACAUGCGAUACAUUCGCACGUCUUACACCGUAUGCACCUUUGUACGAAUUCAGAGGAAGAACGGAUGAUUGGUUGCGUUUAACAGUUGGAACGGCUUGUAGAGCCUUGGAAAUUGAAGACAGAUUGAUGGAAUUGAUGCGUGAGCCGAUUUCGCAAUCUUCGAGCAAAGAACAAAGUCCAGUUCUCAGCCCCAGUGGCUCUUCAAGCAGUCAAUUUUCUACCACAGACCUCCAAAACUCCUUUACUAGCGAUUCAAGUGACGCACAGCGCGUUGAAGCUGUUACCGUUUUAGGACAUGCACGUAAAGCAUUGUCAGCCGUCGUUCAAUUGAAAGAUUGCACAUAUCCCCAAGAGGAAGAAAAACAAAUGGCAAAACGUGCAGCAGAAAUCAUAACGGAGGAAAAAUUACAGUAUCCUCUCAUUUUACGACCAGAAGCAAUCAUUUUUGCUACACCUGAAACACCUGCAAUUUCUAUCACACAAAAAGGAAGCGUCCAACGUAAAAAGAACGAACAAGCAUUCGGCUCGAUUCUUGACAAGAUGGAUUUGUAGUGUUUUUGUACUUUCCUCACAAUUUAUGACAGCAAUGAAAAGUUUCUAAGACU